AUGAAGACGACUAUCCUCCUGUCUCUCGCCCUGGCGGCAAUCAGCCAUGCUAUUGCUCUCCCGCAGUUCCCCGUCUCGAAGCUUCCGAAUCAAUUCUUCAGCCUCAUGGCCCUUCGCUCUGCUACGCCAAUCCACUUCGGGGGCAUCAACGCCAAUCGUGGACAUCUCUGGAUCGGAAAGCAGCCUUCGACAUACUGUCCUGGAGUCCAAGGUCUCAACUGCGCAGGAGUGAAUACCACUCGUACGACGUUUGCGCUCAGCAAUGGAGUCUUGAGUUUGGCGGUGCAGGUUAGUGAAGGACAGAAAGUCUACAUCGAAUCUUGCGGUCGCGUCUCGUAUACUCGUGCGGACGAUUCUGACGUGCCAGCCGAUGCUGUCACCUCGGGUUGGUCACUUGAUAGAGGCCCGAACUUCGAUAUCCUGAGUCACGAGAACGGCACAUACUUCUGUCCUUCUACGGAUGUCGAUCCUCAGGCCCCUCCUGUCGCCGGUCAGCCCGGCCGUUUGCCAGGCCCUUGGGAGUUCUACGUCGGGAUCACGAAGGAUCUGCCGGAGGGAUGUCUGUAUGCGAGCUUAGUUGCUGCAGGCAAUGCGGUGAACACCACCGCUUAUGAGUAUGAUUGA